UGUUUGACUGAAAUUUGGUACAGAGGCUCCCUAUAUCAGGCGGUUUCGAGUGGCUCUAUUUAUUUUCCCCCAAAGCCCCCCUUUAGGUAGCCCCCAUAUAAAAGUCAUGCAUUUUUUUGCGAAUUUUUGAAUUUAGCGCCCUAAAUGUAGUUCCGAAAUCCACCACUGCUAUAUUUUGAUACAUUUGUUGAAGAGAAAAUGAGACGGUGUAUAUAUCGCUGGGUGCAACAGCAAUUAUCGUAUCUGCUGUAGAAAUCCCCUUCUUUAUACGAUAUUUGCUGUUUCGACCAGCGAUACAGUAGCACUACAUAUAUUUAUUUACAACACGUUGAUUUGAUCAUAAAAACCGCAAAAAUAUUCAAUUUUUUCAGCUUUUUCAACCCGCUGAUCCGCAAUAACGAAUCUAUUUAGGAGCAAAUUGUAGGAAGCACAGGAAUUUUAAUAAAAAAAUUAAUUAAAAGUGCGAAUAAAAUUGUGAUAAAUUCUCAAUUGGAAAUUGACGCGAAAUUGCAAAGAAAAAUUUCUUAGUGUGUGAACUAAAAAGUUGAUAACCAACACAGAAAAAAACUCAAUGGCGAAAUUAUCAACAAUUCUACGAUUAAUGAGACAUAACUCUCUGAAAAGCAUUCAUCUGAGAUCACCGAGUAGCUUGCAAAUCAUUGAUUUACAACAUCGACGAUAUCACGAUCAAGGAGGAUCAAAUGAAAGAAAUUGGUGGGACAUCCCAAAAAAUCAGAAAUUUCUUAUUCUCACAACAGGUGCAAUUGCAGGGACCAUACUCACCUUGAGUACUAAAAUUGGGGAUUCCUCGGUAGAAGCUGCUGAGAAGUACGAUCCCAAUAUUGCAAAACAACACGAAACCGUUCGACAAGAUUUGCCAACGUACAAAACUGAAGAGAUUAGUGCUCACAAUAAUGAGAAUACCGGUGUAUGGGUUACUUAUGGGAUUGGAGUCUAUGAUAUCACGCAAUUCGUACCGAAGCAUCCAGGAAGUGAUAAAGUAAUGUUAGCUGCUGGUGGAGCCAUCGAUCCAUUCUGGCAUGUUUUCCAGCAGCAUAAUACACCGGAAGUCCUUACGCUUCUGGAAACAUUUAGGAUUGGCAAUCUCAAUCCCGAGGAUCAAGUUAGCACACGCGAUAUGGGGGAUCCGUGGUCUGGGGAACCUCGUAGGCAUCCCAUUUUGAAACCAGCAGCAAUGAAACCAUUCAAUGCUGAACCCCCACCGUCUAUUCUUGUGGAUAGUUUCCUAACGCCCAAUGAAUUCUUCUACGUGAGGAAUCACUUGCCUGUCCCAGAGAUCGACGAGAAGACAUAUGAGAUUGAAUUCGAGGUGGAAGGUGUAAAGAAGAUCAAACGGAUGACCCUCAAGGAUCUUAAGAAGCUCCCAAAGCACACUGUAACAGCAGCAAUAAUGUGUGGCGGGAAUCGUCGAUCAGAAAUGGAUGCAGUGAAGAAUGUAAAGGGACUCAGCUGGGGACCAAGUGCUGUUGGGAAUGCUGAAUGGUCUGGAGCGAGACUUUGUGAUAUUUUGGCCAAACUCGGAGUGAAUUCUGAUGAAGUUAGACACGUUCACCUUGAAGGAUUGGACACUGAUCCAACUGCUACGUACUAUGCAGCAUCAAUUCCACUUGCCAAAGCCAUGGAUCCACGAGGAGAUGUUAUCCUAGCUUAUGAAAUGAACGGGCAACCGCUAAGUCGUGAUCAUGGAUUUCCAGUGCGUGCUAUCGUUCCAGGGAGUGUUGGAGCAAGGAAUGUUAAAUGGCUGGGCCGAAUCUUUGUGAGCAAUGAGGAAUCAGACUCCCACUGGCAGCAAAAGGACUACAAAGGAUUUAGUCCGAGUACUGACUGGGAUACAGUGGACUUUUCCAAAAGUCCUGCAAUUCAAAACAUGCCAGUAACAUCGGCAAUUUGUUCCCCAAUGCCUGGGGAAAAGCUUUCCGUGAAAGAUGGUUACAUCACAGUCAAAGGAUAUGCAUGGUCUGGUGGUGGCUCGAGAAUUGUGAGAGUAGAUAUCACGUGUGAUGCUGGGGAGACAUGGCAAGUGGCAGAAUUGGAACAAGAGGACACCACAAAGGCUCCUGCUGGGAGAGCUUGGAGCUGGACGCUUUGGACAGCAAAGAUUCCAGUGCCAAAGAAUGCAAAGGAAGUGGAGAUUUGGUCAAAGGCAGUCGAUUCCAAUUACAACGUUCAACCAGAAACGUUCAAGAAUAUUUGGAACUUAAGGGGAGUCCUUAGUAAUGCAUAUUCUCGCGUUAAAGUACAAAUUGUAAAAUAAUAAUUUCAUUUAAAAUGAAAAUUAAGGGAAAUAACAAAAUAAAUUGUGAUUAAUUGGG